AUGAAGAUGGAGAUCUCUCCGGGCUUACGAUAUCUGGCGGGCAUAGCGGUGAAGAUGACGGCGGGCUUGACGGUCGCGCAUAUGGGCCUGUCGGCAUUGUGUCGCGCUCUGGAGGUUCAAACCCCGUCUAUUCUGCUCAUCGGAGCAGGUAGUGCAGCGCUCUUUCUUCCCAGCGUCGCUCUCUAUUGGCGCCUGUGGUGGUUUGUGCAAGGGCGCAAGGCCAGGGCCAUGGGCGCUACGUUGCCGCCUGAAGCCAAAGAUGCCCUACCCUUCAACCUUGGGACUCUAAAGAUGAUGAUCGAUGCUUUUGAGAAUGGCUACACCGGUGAGGCCUAUAGGCCCAUCCUGGAGAAGAAUGGUAUCACUGGGAACGCUUUCGCGUUGAAGGCUGGCUUCUCGCCCCUUCAAUACUAUACAAUGGAGCCGCAGCAUGUAAAGGCCGUUCUGGCGACGCAGUUCGACGACUGGGAGAAGGGGGAUGUCUUUAAGGGCCAGAUGCAGUCGGUGCUUGGCACUGGCGUCUUCAAUUCUGAUGGCGAGAUGUGGAAGUUCCACCGAGGGAUGACGAGACCCUUCUUCAGCAAGGAUAGGAUCUCCGAUUUUGAUAUCUUCGACGCCCACGUUACGAGUGCGAUCGCGCAGGCUAAAGCGCGACUUGCGUCUGGACAUGCUAUUGACUUUCAGGACAUGUGCUCCCGCAUCACGCUCGAUAGCGCUACGGCAUUCCUCUUCAAUCACGAUGUGGCCUCUCUGUCUGCAAGCCUGAUCUAUCCUCCCGGCACGCCUGAGGCCGUCAACCAGGACCGAGCGCACCCCAGCAAUGCCUUCGCACACGCAUUUUCCUCCGCACAGCACCGCAUUGCCUUCCGUUCUUUCCUUGGCGAUGUUUGGCCACUAGCAGAGAUCACCGGGGACAAGUCGAAGAAGGACAUGGACAUAGUAAACGCGUACAUCGAACCCAUCAUCGAGGAGGCCAUCAGGGUAAAGCGCGAGGGAAAGACUCCCGAGAUCAGCGACAAGACCGUCGAGGGCCACAAGUCGCUCCUCGACUACCUUCUGAGCGUCACUGAGGAUCGCGCCGUCAUCAAGGACGAAACUCUGAACAUCAUGAUCGCUGGUCGUGACACUAUCGCUGCUACUCUGACCUUUGGCGCAUAUAUGUUGGCUGAACAUCCACAUGUGCUCAAAAAGCUCCGCGAAGAAGUCCUGAAUACGGUCGGCCCAUCGCAACGUCCGACACAUGAAGACCUCAAGUCCAUGAAGUACGUGCGCGCCUUCUUGAAUGAGGUGCUCAGGCUGUAUCCUCCCGUUCCCUUUGAUGUACGCUGCGCGGUCCGGGAUACACAGUGGCCCUCCGCGAACCCCGGUGGUCAGCCGCUCUUCGUCCCAAAGGGGACACAAGGGAUCUACAGUGUCUUUCUUAUGCAGCGCCGUACCGAUCUCUGGGGCCCUGACGCCGAGGAUUUCGACCCCGACCGCUUUAUCGACGAAAGGCUGCACAAGUAUCUGGUACCUAAUCCCUGGGUAUUUGCGCCCUUCAAUGGGGGCCCAAGAAUCUGCCUCGGACAGCAAUUUGCGUACAAUGAAGCCUCCUUCACGCUCGUGCGGCUCAUGCAGGCCUUCGACUCCAUCAGCCUCGCGCGAGAUGUGCAGCCAAAGGAGACACAGCCCCCUGCUUCUUGGGCACAGGCCCCUGGGCGCCAGGCUAUCGAGAAGAUUGUUCCGAAGCAACAUCUCACCUUGUAUGCUCAUGGAGGUCUCUGGGUCAGAAUGGGUGUCAUGGAAGAGGCUCAGACUCCCGGCCCUUGA